CAGGCUCCGCCUUCUUGUCUGCGGUACAGCCCUCAAACUGAGCACCUUUCUACCCUCUCCGGGAGGACGUGAGGUGGCAGUAGCACGCCUACCAGUGUGUUUUGAAGGAGCCGUGGUACAAGAAGCUAAAGUAGACUACCAGCAUUUUGAGAGCUUGAGAAAACAGCUUGAGGAAAAAUGAAGCUCCCUAUUUUCAUAGCAGAUGCUUUCACAGCAAGAGCAUUUCGUGGGAAUCCUGCUGCUGUCUGCCUCCUAGAAAAUAAAUUGGAUGAAGACAUGCAUCAAAAAAUUGCAAGAGAAAUGAACCUAUCUGAAACUGCUUUCAUCCGAAAACUACACCCAACAGAUGACUUUACGCAAAGUUCCUGCUUUGGACUAAGGUGGUUCACACCGGCAAGUGAGGUCCCUCUCUGUGGCCACGCCACCCUGGCUUCAGCGGCUGUGCUGUUUCACAAAAUAAAAAACACGAAUAGCACUCUGACCUUUGUCACUCUGAGUGGGGAACUGAAGGCCAAAAGAGCAGAUGAUGAUAUCAUCCUGGACCUGCCUCUUUAUCCAGCCCAUCCCCAGGACUUCCAUGAAGUGGAGGAUGUGAUAAAGACUGCCAUAGGCGACACACUGGUCCAGGACAUCCGCUAUUCUCCAGAUACCCGGAAGCUCCUUGUCCGGCUCAGUGACACUUACGACAGGUCAUUUCUGGAGAACCUGAAAGUGAACACAGAGACUCUGCCACAAGUCGAAAAAACAGGGAAGGUGAAAGGACUCAUUCUCACCCUUAAAGGACAGUCUGGUGGGCAGACUCAAGGAUUUGACUUUUACUCCAGAUAUUUUGCGCCAUGGUUUGGUGUGGCUGAAGACCCUGUAACAGGAUCUGCACACACAGUUCUCAGCAGCUACUGGUCCCAGGAGCUAGGGAAGACAGAAAUGCGAGCCUUGCAGUGUUCCUGCCGAGGAGGAGAACUGGGGAUUUCACUGUGUCCGGAUGGACGAGUGAACCUUAGAGGAGGCGCUGCUAUUGUUUUGGAGGGCACGCUGACAGCCUAGGGACAGUUGUGCUGCGAUUCUUCUAUCUUGAACCACAAAGUAUUUUCUGCAUAAAAAGAAAUGUAAAGGGCUGCCUUUAACAAACUUGCACAGUAGUUCACUUAAUCUUGAUGUGAAAAAUUGAAAAAUAGGGGCCAGCAGGUAUUGUGGUGUUUAAGGUGGUGGACUCCCACAUGGCUGACUGCAGAUCAAGUACUAGACCUAGCAGCUUGCUUUCUCACUCUUUCUCUCUUUCUCUCUGGUGAGCACAUGUGCCAUAUAGCAAAUUAAAAAUAACAAUGAUAAUAAUAAAUAUGUCUUUAAGACAUUGAAAACUAAGACAUGUUAAUGGAGAUUUAAUAAUGCUUCCAUGACCAGUCAUAGUGGUGCAGUGGUAACCAAAUGCUUCACAAUGCUGAAGUCACUGGGAAGGUCCCAAGUUCGUUUCCUGUGCACACUCUGAUUUGGGCUGGGGAUGGGAUUGGAGCAUGAAGACUGUUGGAGGUGCCUUUCUUUCCUAGUCUCUCUCUGUCUCCCUCUCUAUAGAAGAAAUAAAUAAAAGAUAAACUUAAAGAAAAGGUUCCUGAUUAAUUAACAAUGGAGUUUUGACUUUAUGCAUAAUGUAUUUGUAAUAUAAGUAACAAAUAACAGAGAAAAAUGGCAUAACUUUUAAUUAUUAGCACUGAUUAGAGCAUAUGGAAUUAGGAGUGUAUAUUAAACCAUUUAAAUCUAGCUGUGAGUCCCUUAGACUAUGCUGUGGUUCUCAGAAAGACCCAAUAACUAUGUAGGAAUAAAGAAAAAUAUUUCAUGAUUUAUACUAAGAAAGAAAAGUGCAGUAGGCCAUACAAUAUUAGCAGUUAUGCUCUUUGUGGAGAAUAUGAGUUUAUAUGGAUAAGCA